AUGUUUCAAUCGAUGAUGUUAGAACAGCAAACUUCUCAAUUAAAAAUCGAUGACUAUGACGCUGAUGUUGUCGAUGAAUUUUUAAAAUAUUUAUAUACAGAUCAAUGUUCUCUAGAUGGUUUAAAUUCAUUUGGUGAGCAGUUAUUAGCGCUAGCUGAUAAAUACACUAUUCAACAAUUGAAAGCACAAGUAGAAGGUCAUUUUAUUCAAUAUAAAUUAAAUAAAGAAAAUUGUUUGAAAUUAUUGAUCUUGUCAGAUAUGCAUCAGGCAAAUUUAUUGAAGGAUUUUACAAUUAAAUUUAUAAACACUAAUUUAUCAAUUUUUGAACAUGGUACAAGUGAUUGGAAAACAUUCAGACAAUCUUAUCCAAAUCUUGUAGCAGAUUUAUAUGAAAAAGCUGUUAAUUUACGAAUAAAACGAUAA